AUGCUGACAGUAAAAAUCCUUGUGCCCAACAGUACUGCAGGCAUCAUUAUCGGAAAAGGAGGAUCUUUCAUCAAAGAAGUUAAAGACAGUACCGGAGUGUUCAUCCAGGUUUCACAGAAGUCCAAAGAGCUUAACUUGGCUGAGCGCUGUGUUACCAUAGCCGGUGAACUCUCCCAAACCUAUGACGCGGUUGCCCAAUUACUAGUCAAGAUCGCGGAUGACCCCCAGUCCUCCAGUUGUCCUAAUAUUUCCUACGCUGAAGUCCCGCGACCAGUGGCCAGUGCCUAUCCAACCGGUUCCCCAUACGCCCUGGUAAUGGGAUCUGGUUUUGGAUUGAACAACUGUCCUGUACCGUUGGCUUCGUCAGAUCCUUUGCUCGGUGGUUGUGGUCCGAAUACUGGGCCCAACACUAACGUGUUUCCGCCAACCCAGUUGAAUUCCCUCUCUCCCAUCAGUCCUUCCGGAUCAUCAGCCGCACCCGGUCCGGUGUUUGGUGCUAGCCCACCAGCUUUCGCAGCAGCAGUCGCUGCUAUGGGUGCUGCGGCUUCGUUCUCUCCCAGUGGGGCGGGUGGAAAUAGGACGAAUGGACCGACAUCACAAACGGCUGGUCGUGCUUUGACUGGCCGUAGUCUCACAGCCGGGCAUCAUUCAAGUCAAUCAGCUACGCAUACUUCACAAAGCUUGUUGGGUUCAGUCACCAACCAAUUGGGUCAGUCUACCCCUCCGACCUACGGUUCGCCAUCAUCGGCUAAUUCGGGUCCAUCUUCCGGAUCCACGACCAUCGGUUUGGAAGUGGUGCGAAACAUUCUUCGUACAGCUGGUUAUUCGGAUAUGGCCACAGAGGAGAUUGCCAAUGCGAUGCAUGUUCUUAACUUGUAUGGCUUCAUUUCCAUGUCUAGUCUGACUGGAUGCGCAAAUGCUGCUUCAUCUGUUAAUAACUCUUUAAAUAACGGACAUUAUACAAUGACUGGUAGUCCACUAGGUAAUUUGAGUGGGUCAUUGUCCGGUUACGUUUCAGCCGGCCCUCAGUCACCAGGGUUCUCCAGCGAGGUUAACAAUCAUUUUCGCAGUGGCCUCCGCAACCUGGGUGUGAAUUGUGCCGCCCCAAAUCAGCAACAGCAGCAGCAGCAACAAUACCAUCCACAACCGUCCCAUUAUUAUCAACAGAAUCCCUAUACGAACACUACAGCCACUACAAGGCGGUCAUCUUUGCAUAUGUCACAACAAUCAGUUCCCAUGGCUCCGAAUGCAUGUUCUGUUCCAACCUGUUCACCUCCCAAUUCCAAUUCAUUGUCCAAGAGUUUGAAACCCAGUGAUUCCGUAGGAGUCGGAUCUGGGAUAUCUAAUGUCACCGUAACAUGUGGCGGAUCAGACUCGACAUCUCACUUGGCAACAGGCCCUUCUGAUUUGUAUGUGAAUUCUGGUGACAUGGCAGUAGCUGCAGCAGCAGCUGCCGCCGCGGCAGCUGCCGCUGCUGCAGCCGGCGCAUCUCCGGGACUGCACAGUUCCACACAAUCUCCCGUUAAAACCGUCACUCCACUGUCGCCAUGUUUGACCAAUAACCUACCUAUAACCGGCAACGGUUUGGACCUUAUGCAACGGUUGAGCGAAACGGGAACAAACGGUCGGUUGCGCCCAGAGGAAGGUAGUACAAAUGGAAGUAAUUGCAGCAGUGGGAGUAACGGCACGAAAGUUGUGAAUGGGUCACGUCCGAGCGCUUUGUGGGGAGUGAAUUGUCCACCCCAGUCUUCAUCCAGCUAA